AUGGCGUCGCAGGAAUAUGGCCUGCUCGACCAGGCCGACGAAGACCUGACCCACAAGGCCCGUCUGCUGCCCAUCGAGCAACGACCCUUCCAACGCGUCGCCAAGCGCAUGGUGGCCGCCGACUCGCCCAUCUACAACCCACCAACCGCGCUGCCAUCGCCACCCCCGGAGGGCCAUGGCGCAGACGACGUCGACGGCGCCGCGCGCCAGGCCGAAGAGCGCAACGCAUGGCGGCAAGACAUGCUGCUGGACCUGGCCAGCCUGCAGGACAGCACCGUGCGGAUCCAGCUGCUGCGCGACAGCAACGAGGCGGAGCGGGCGCGGUACGCAGCGGAAAAGGCCAAGAUCAGCGCGACGGCGGCCGCCAUCCGCGAGGGCAACGCGGCGCUGCGGGCCGAGCUGGAGGGUGCGCGCGCGACGCUGGCCCGCCGCAAGCGCUACGACGAGCUGGCCGAGCGCAUCACCAGCAACCGCAUGCUGAAGCCGCGCGAGGAGCAGGCCGCCCAGCUCGCCAAGCUCGACGCCGAGAUCGCCGAGCUCGAGCGCGAGCGCACCGUCUACAAGCAGACGUGGGCCGAGCGCCGCGACCAGUUCGGCCGCAUUGUCGACGAGGGCCGCCAGAUGCUGCGCCUGAUUCGGGAUGAGAAGGAGGAGGCGGAGCGGAAGGAGGGCAUGGAGGAGGGCGAGGCCGACGAGGACGAGGGCCCGGAGGGUGCGAGCAGCGGAAAGGGCGAUGCCAGUGCCGUGGGCACGCCUAGACCCGAUGCUGCUGCUGGCCAGACGCCCAACCCUUCCUUCUCCGGUGGCCACCAGCUCGCGGCCCAGCGCGGCCUGCUCUCGGCGCCUAGCCCCGCGCCCAGCUUCGGCGGCGCAGGCACUCCCGCCCGGGGAGAGGAGAGCCAGGGCGACGAUGCCGACAUGGCCGAGGCGGGCGAGGUCGCCAACGAUACCGACAUCGAGGAGGGCGAGGCGGAGGAAAAUACCCCGGACGAGAAGAUGGACGAGUCAUGA